AUGGCCAUGAAGCUGCUAAAACUCCUCUUCAUACUCUCCAUCACCACCUCCAUUGUUUCUGCAGCAUCGAGUGCCAAUGAAAACAACGAAGACAACUCCAUUCUUGGAGCAGCAUGGAGUGCUGAUGAAAACAAGGAAGACUCAGCUGUGGAAAGCCACUUAGCAUUGCCUGAAGGCGAAGAAACAACUUCUUCAAAUGGGACUAGUGACUUCAUGUUGCAGAACAAGUACUUGAUCUGUGAUAAGUUUCCACAGAUUUGUCGUCGGAAGUCCACCCCUGGUCCAGAUUGCUGUCAGAAGAAAUGCGUAAACCUAACGAAGGAUCCAAAUAACUGUGGAGAGUGCCGCCGCAAGUGCAGACACAACUAUAUAUGCUGCAGCGGGCAUUGCGUGAACCCCUAUGUCGAUCCAUUGAACUGCGGUAGUUGCGGCAAGAAGUGCAAGAACUGGGAGGCAUGUCUUUACGGGAUGUGCAGUUAUGCAUGA